AUGGAGGAAGAUAUUGGGGAGGAAGGAUUAGACAUUUUACCUCGAGUUUUCGUUAACAAUCUUGACUCUUAUGUGAGCAACACUUUAGCGCAGCAUCUGGCCUCUUGUAAACCUGGGCAAGCCCUGGUUGAGGAAGAUGAAGUGGAAGAGGAAGAGGAGGAAAGAAUUAUGGAACCGGAUCCACCUAAAAAACCUCAACUUACCGGCUAUCGCAUUGUGGGAACUGUUUCUCAUCCCAACGCUCAUAUACCAACUUUUGUCGAGAGUGUUUUAAACUAUGAAAAUCGGCGAGAUUUCUACGAGCACCUCUUUGAGUGCGACUGCGUGAUCUACGACAUUACAAGCGAUGUGAGUCAAGCCGAAGAGGCUCUUUGGGUGGCCAAAUCGCUGGCCAAUGACUACCAACGCAUUAGAAAAAAGAAGAUUUUUAUUGUGGUUACCCACCUACUGAGUUGGCUUCGCUCAAAAACGGGUGCCUUGGAGGGUAACCACCCGACGUAUGACGAAGAAGACCAUGCAAAGCGGAUACCGCAUCCACUUUACAAACGUCAGUUUGCAGCAGAGCGGGCUAUUUUUAAUCUUGGAAGGAAGCACCGAAAACGACUCACUAUUUACGUUGUCGGUUGUGGAAUUCCCUACGGUGGUGCUGAGAACAUAUUCGAGCCCUUUUUUCUCAAAGCCUGGAUGAACAGCCGUGUACUAGAGGUCUGUGGCAAUGGUGAAAACAUCAUUCCGACCAUACAUAUAAGAGAUCUGUCAAAAAUCGUUCAAGCAAUAUUCGAGGAACCACCCGAAUCGCGUUACAUUGUUGCAAGGGACCAUAGUGAGUCUACAUUGGGCGAAAUCAUCACCGCUAUUUCCAAAGUAUUUGGUACAGGCGAAAUCAGGCACUUGAGUGACAAUGAACUCAUUCGUAUCACUCAAAUUCCCAGGGUGCACAUCGAUCAACUGAUGAUGGACAUGAUAAUCAACACUCCGACUUUGGAUGAGGAAUUAACAAUUCCUUGGAGAUGUGAGGGUGGAAUAAUUGACAACAUUGAAAAGCUAGCUCAAGAAUAUGUCAAGGCGAAGGACUUCAAGCCCCUUCGAAUUUGCAUUCUGGGACCACCGUUUGUUGGCAAGACGACACAUGCGAUUGCUUUGGCCAGACACUACGGUCUGCACUACAUCCACGUCACCCCGGUUCUCUACGAGGCAUACAUUCGUUUAAGGACUCCAAUAAAGGCAUUGGAACAGCUCAGACAUGCACAAGAAUUGGAAAAGAAGGCAAAACUUUUAAAGGCAAGGGAGGAGAAGCCUCGACAACCACCACUGCCACCUCUACUUGCCACUGCGACUUCACAGGACGUCCCCGACGAUCAACUGAGCACAGCAACUCUUCCACCCAGCGAUGAAGUCCUCCCUACAGACGUUGUGGAACCCACCCUCUCACACUCCUUGCCCCCAAAUACACCUAUCACAGAGGCAUCGGAGGCACCACAAGAGGAAACCUCAGUCCCCUCAGAAGCGUCCCUGAUCGACUCCCUACCAGAGGAGGUCCAGCGUCGGUAUCCCUUCUAUCCCCCUCUAAAGUGGGCCAACGAGCGGGAGUUGGAGGAGAUGGCGAAUAAAGCUGGCGAGGAGCUGAGAGAAUUUGUGGAUGGAAUGAUUGAUGACUUUCAUGCUAACGACCACAUUGUUACUAAAUACCUUCGAAGGAAGCUGCUCUCAAAGCCGUGUCGCAAUCAAGGAUUCGUUUUGGACAGCUAUCCUAACACCUUCAAUCAAGCCGAUGCGUUGUUUACUAAUCCUGACGAUACGGCAAAAGAUCCACGCCAUCCCACAUACGAUCCAUUGGUGUCUCCACACCACGUAAUUUAUUUGGAAGGUAGCAACGCUCUUGUAACUCAUCGCUACAGGACGAUGCUUGAAGAGGAGGGAAUCGCUUUAAACGAUAUUGACGACUAUGCAGACCCUGAUGGCACAACGUUGAAUAUCGAGGAGGAGGUGAAUCGUAGACGGUUAGCGCAAGAGACCGAAAAGUUGGGAAUUGGAAUCGGAAUAGGAGGCGAGAAGAGUGAAGGACAAAAGAAGGAUGUGGAUUUAAGGAUAAAGUGGGUAAAACCGUUGGAGACACCAGAGAGGAGAUUAAGACGACGUUUGGAAUAUCAUAGGUCUGUCAUGGCACCGAAAGCAGCUAGAGAAAUUGUUGGAAAAACUUUCGAACCAUACAAAUACUUGGUGUCAGAGAAGGAGUCAGAGCCAUUGGAUGCACAACACUGGCCAAGAAAGCCUCUAGCAAAAGCCAAAUUGAAUCCCCUAGAAAUAAAUGUUCUCACCUACUUUGAUCUACGUGAACUCUACCCCUUCACGGUGAAUAUGGACCGAGACAAAAGCCAGCACCUCUAUCCAGGGGGUCCACAAAAACACACCUUUAAGCAACUCUUAAAGCGGAUAUCCAAGUCAUCGACUGGAGAGUUCGUGCGUCGAACACGAGGCCUUUUGGAUGAGCGAGAUGGGGAUGAGAAAUUUGUGGAAGCCCUCCAGCGGGAAGCUGAAGACUUGAAUGGAGUUAAUGCAAAUCUUCGAAAAGAGGCGGCGGAAGUGUUGAGUGAGAAUGAACGCAAGAUUUGGCACGAUUGGUUAAUGCUUCUGAGGAAGGAGAACGAAGAACGUCAAAUGGUUAAGUCGAUGCCUCGCAGAAAUUACCUCCUCAAAUAUGUUCUACCCAAGGUUUCUGAGUGCCUUGUCAUCUAUGGUCAACGAAGACCUGCUGACCCUAUAGACUUUUUGGCUGAAUACAUUCUCCGAGACGCCGGCGUUAACUACAGCGGAAUUAUUCGUUAA